GACCCCCGGUACCAGCGAGUCCUCCGCCAAGGAAGAAAUCCUAGCGGAGAUUCGCAAACAAUCCCAAGACAUGAAGGCCUAUAUCGGCAGACUCAUUAAAAUUACCGCAUUCACAAACUCGGAGUUUGGGAAAAAACUAGAAAAACUGAAGGAGUCACUUAACGAGGCAACGGACAGAGUGAAUAAACUCGGCGAUACGGGCAAGGAACACGUAGCGACAGUCACAAAAAUGAGGGAGGACUUUGGGACGGGGGGUCGGGUCAUGGAAUUGUUGCGGGCAGACAGUAGGGCGGUUAUCGACCAGAUAGUAACCGAAGGUCAGAUUACACGGGAGGUGGUAAGGGGGGAAAGAGAAACACAGGGAACGUACACGUGUGACUUUUACGUCACAGAAUUUAGUCACUGGGUGGGGGCGGGGGUAAGACAUUACAGCCGGCUCUGGUACAUAGACCAGAGCAAAACUUACCUAAAGGGUAGGGUGGGGUUUGGAAAAGACAAAACAAUGGAUGUGUGGCUGGUUCACGGUCGGUACCCGCACGUUGUGGGUCUGGCCGGUCAGACUGGGGGACGUCGUGUCAGAGUGAGUGUGGCGGUGGUGAGACAGACAGGGACAGGGGACAACUGGGAGCUGGGGAGUAAGGUGGUGAAUUUUGACGAGACGGCCAUCUCUGUACGGUGUGAUGGCUGGGAGUGUGCCGGGGGAUAUCGUGUAGCCUCCGCCGUGUCUUGUGAUGAGAUGUACACACGGGGGUUGGUGGAUGGGGGGAACAAAGUUCUUUUCCGAUACACCAUCACUGUACUGUAAGUGAUAGAGGCGGGGGUCGGGGAGUGUCGACAGACGGACACACAGACAGACACACUGACAG